UAUAUAUAUAUAUAGAGAGAGAGAGAGAUUGGGGGUGGUCUGUUUGUUGAAAGAUUGAAGGGGAGCAAAGAGAGAUGGAAGACUCAGAAGGUCAGGGAAGACUGGAGGAACGGAUAAGGAGCUUGUCAAAGGGGGCGGCAGGUCAUGAGGCGGAGGCCGAAGCUGCGAGGGGCCUCACGCUGGUGAAGCUUCACAAAGGCUUUCUGCUCUGCAAUUUCAAAGUUCACAGAGGCGUAUCAGAUGAAAGUGGGAAGUGGCAUGAAGGAGCGAUGACGACUCUGAUGGACAUCAUAGGCAGCUGGACGGCCUUCUCCUUCACAUCCCAAAACCAAGUCACUGUUCAUCUCUCUGUCUCUUCCUUCUCUAACCCCAACCUCCAGGAAACGGUGGAAGUAGAAGGGAAGGCAAUGGGGAAGACGGGAAAGAUAACGUCAGUGAAGGUGGAAGUGAGGAAGAAGGAAGACGGACAAACGGUGGCGUUAGGAAUCAUGUCGAUGGCACCUUCUCAUCCCAAUCCUACCAGGCCACUUCCUUCCAAACUUUAAUUA